ACUUGCAUAAAUAAAAUUCUCCUUCUCAUCAUUAUCGAACAAUUCGAACGUAGCAUUAUGGCGUUGUUAUGUAGUUCGUGUUCAAGGUGAUUUAUAUUUAAUUUAAUUUUCCUUUGCAAGUUCUACUCCUCCAUAUUUAACGAGUUGAGUCUGUAAAAAACCGUAAAAAUGUUGAAAACUUGCGUUCGUUCGUUGAUUUUAAAUUCGUGCAAUAGUAUUAAAUCGAAUUCGCCUUUCCUCAAGUCGUGCAAUCUCGAUGUGAACCAUUUAAAUAGUCAUUUCAACGAGUUUCACGUCUCAGUGCCACGUAACACGGUUAAACCUCGAGACAGAAAAGAUCUAUUGAGAGGUGCUGGAAAAAUUGAAGAAGGUACCGAAGGAGAAUACACCGAAUCUUUGGAUACAGUCAUCAAAACGAGAGAAGAUAUGUUUAUCGACGAAAGAACUCCGGAUUUAUUGUUUAACGGUGUACGUUGGGCUGAAAUACCGAUUUGCAAUAUUCACGUUACCAAAAAUAAUACAAUUAUUAAUGUGUCCAAUUUCCAAGGAAAAACUAUCGUAAUACGCAGUUGUGGAAUGGAAGGAUUCAAAAACUGUCGUAAAGGGACAAAUAUCGCCGCCCAAACCACCGCCCUAGCAGUGAGUCAGAAAUGCAACAAUAUCGGAGUAAAAGAUGUCAGGGUGAAAGUCAAUGGCUUAGGACCUGGCAGAAUGGCUUCCAUCAAAGGAUUACAAAUGGGUGGUCUGAAUAUAGUUUCUAUUACCGAUGAUACCAGAGUUCCGUGGAAAUUGAGAGCUAGACCGAAAAAACAACGUCGAACUUGAAUCUGUCGCGCAGUGUGAACGCGCCCUAGCAAAAUGGCUGAUUUCUCCUGGCACGUCAUCGCUCUCUUGCGUACGCAUUAAUCAAGUGUUCAAUAUGGCGACUUCUUUAUAUAGCUUUGUUGUUUAACGCGUUUGUAAAGUUUUAAUGUAAAUCGCGAACGUUUUUUCAUUUGAAAUUAAUCUCGAAAUUUUUAAAAACCAUCGAAGAAACUUUUAGUACUAAUUAUUGGCGCGUUCGAGUUACCGUUUGUUGAUAUACGUAUUGAAUUGCCCUUUGAAGAAGGGCAGUCGUACGGAUAGUUUUACUAGGAAGUUGGUGUUUUGAUUUUAACGUCUGGCCGAAAGUUUUAGUUUGAUAAAAGGAAAUUUCUUUUUUUUUCAUCGUGAUCGAUCGAUUGUUCGCUUGAAAUUUUAUCCAUUUUAUGUAUUCGUCGAAUGGUUCUCGUGCUAAUAUUAGCGAUUUCGGAGUUAUAAUUCAUCAUGGGACAGGUAACUAACUAGAUAGUCAUUUUAUCAAUGUUUUUAUCGAAAUUCGAGCUCAUUUUAAUCGUAAUUAUGUUCCGAAUUCGGGUAUAAUUCGUACAGCCUGGUUGGGACUUAGAUGGGCGUACACGUGUUGUACAAUUCGGACCUUUUUCUCGUGGUUUUUUCUACACUAAAACAUACUCUUAUUUCAAGCUCGUCGCUUCUUUUCGGCUGAUAAAGCGGUGAAAAUAUUCCAAAAUCGGUUUACAUUAAUCCAAAGACUGGUAUACGUGUGACCUUGACGUUCUCAGGUAAUAGAAUUUCGGUGCAUCUUGCAGAUUUCCAAAUCACUCUUCGAAAAUUUCUAACUGAUUGAUAAGGCUUGAGAGGGUUUUGAAAACACCGGGGCUUAUGUUUGGCUUAAUUCGAGUGUUCCACCGGUUUCUCUGUCGUUUCGUAUUCGUCUUUGAAUCAGCUACGUGUACAUGUAUGAAACUUUGAUAUCCGAGUAGGACCCAUUUUUGAAAACUUUACUUGAAAUUUUCGUCUGAAAAAAAGUCGUACGCGAUCGACACUCUUGUGCGAAGCAUUUAUUUAUCUUUAGUGACUUUCCUAAUGAAAACCUAUGUGAUUUUAGCGAUGGAUUUUGAUCUUCCAUCGAUACUCGAUGUGUUAUUAUUACUGAUUUUUUUCUACAAUAAAUGUGAAAAUAUUAUAAUUACUGUGUAAUUGUUCUACAUGUAGUAAAGUUUCAUUUGUUUUACAUAUAA